AUGCCAAACGCAUGGGCUAGAUAUCUCGCCUGCUGCGCGGUCGCUGCCGCAAGCGAGGUCGCUGCCGCAGCGCUGCCACCGGACUGGCUCGUCGCCACCGUCGACGCGCCGGUGACCCUCGUCGAGCACGCGGACGGCACCAUCUCGCUGACCAACGGGCUGCUCACGCGCACCUUCGCGCUGGCUCCCGGCUUCGGCACGGUCGCCUACGUCGCCGAGGCGACGGCCGCGCGACCGCGCGAGCACGUGCUGCGGAGCGUCGUCGCCGAGGCGACCGUCGUCCUCGACGGCGUCGCCUACGCGGUCGGCGGCCUGUCGCUGGAGCAGAACCACUCGGCGUACCUGCGGCGGCCGGUCAAGUACGCGGUGGACGCGGACGCGUUCGCGUACGUCUCGCACUCGACGUCUUCGCCCGAGGCGCCCGUGCCCUGGGAGCACGGCCGCCGCCACGCGCCGAACGCGUCCUGGCCGCCCGAGGGCCUGCGCCUCGACGUCGCGUUCCGCGCGCCGGCGGGCGCGACGAGACACCGGAACGUCACCGUCUGGCUCCACUACGAGCUCUACGCGGGCGCGCCGCUGCUGGCCAAGUGGGCGAGCCUCGCGGUCGACGCCGGCGCGGCGGACGUCGUCGUGGACCGCGUCGACGUCGAGCUCCUGGCCGUGAACGCGCCCUUCGCCAAGGAGAACGUCGCGCGCCACCACGGGUCGACGGCCGGGCCCGCGGGGCGGCUCCACGCGGAGACGGACCAGCCGCACGGCACGCAGAUCCUCUGGCAGGACGACGCCGCGUUCGCCGAGGCGGCGGACGCGGGCGCCGUCGAGCCCGUGCUCAACGCGACCUACGCGUCGGGCCCCGGCGUCCGCCUCGGCUCCGUCGACGCGUUCGCGAGCUUCCGCGUCUUCGAGAUGACGCUCGACGGCUUCGACGUCGAGCGCGACCAGCUGGCGACGCACCAGAUCGUGCGGCGCCUCGCGCCGUGGACGUCGGAGAACCCGAUCUUCUUCCACCUGACGGACGCGUCGUCCGCGGGGUUCCGCCGCGCCGUGGACCAGAUGGCCGACGUCGGCUUCGAGAUGGUGAUCUACAGCUUCGGCUCCGGCUUCCGACUCGAGACGCGGAACGAGACCUACCUGGCGUCCGUCGCCGCGGACGUCGCCUACGCCGCGGCGAAGGGCGUCGAGGUCGGCGGCUACGACCUGAUCUGUCUCGACCGGGGCCACGGGGGCUACGGGGGCGACGUCGGCGACGAGUGGGCCCGCGUCAACGACGACGGGAGCCUCGGCGUCGACGCGUGCUUCGCGAGCGGCUGGGCCGACGAGCUCCGGUCCCUCGCGCUCGAUUUCUUGGACGCCACGGGCCUCGCCAUGCUCGAGACGGACGGCCCCUACGGCGGCGGCGAGUGCGCCGCGACGAACCACAGCCACCACCGCGGCCGGGAGGAUUCCGUCUACAUGCAGACGAAGAUCCAGGCCGAGUUCUACACGGAACUGCGGCGGCGCGGGGUCUUCGUCAACCAGCCGGACGACUAUUUCUACCAGGGCGGCCAGAAGACGGGCAUGGGCUACGACGAGAACCAGUACUCGCUGCCCCGCUGGGAGGACCUGUCCGUGUCGCGGCAGUCCAUGUUCGACGACACCUACGCACGCACGCCGACGCAGGGCUGGAUGUUCGUGCCGCUGAACGAGUACCACGGUGGCGGCGAAAGCGCGGUCUUCGAGCCCCUCGCGGAAAACAUCGACGACUACGAGUGGGCGCUGGCGCAGUACCUCGGCUACGGCGUCGCCGCGUGCUACCGCGGCGACCGGCUCUUCGACUCGAACGAGACCAAGGCCGUCGUCGCGAAGUGGGUGGCCUUCUACAAGGCCCACCGCGAGAUCCUCGUCUCGGACCUCGUCCACCUCCGGCGGCCGGACAUGCAGGGCAUCGACGCGAUAUUGCAUGUCAACCCAUUCGCGGCGUCGGGCGAAGUCGCGCUGGCGAUGAUCUUCAACCCGACGGACGCGCGGCAGGCGACGUCGCUCCGGCUGCCGCUCUACUACGCGGGCCUGACCACGUCGGCGACGCUCGCGGACUCGUCGGGCGCCGCGCGGACCGUCGCGCUCGACCGAAGCUACGCCGUCGACGUGGCCCUCGACAUGGCGCCCCGCGCGGUCGAGUGGGUCGUCGUCACCGCGCCGUGA